AUGUCGGUCGCAGUGAUAUCUGCCACCGGGAUGCCAUGUCAUCGUAACAGUACACGUCUCUGGAUGGGUUGGACGGGAUCCAACAACGUGGCAUGGGAAGAGAAUGAGGAGGGCAUCUGCAGCUCAAUCGCCCCCCGAAUCCUUGACUUCGACGACGACGACGACGUCUCCCCCCUCGCGCUCCUCAACUACGCCGACGAUGUCUACUCCUCAUCAUCUUCCGCCACUGCCGCCGCUGUGAACAAAGGCACCUCGGCUUCCACCCCUCCCCGGUGCUGGGACGACGUCGGCUCCUUCUCCCCCUUCCCCUCCAUCGACGCGCUCUUCGACACCCCUCCUGCCCAGCAGCCCGACCCCGUCCCCGCUGUCUGCUACCCUUCAUCCACCUCCUCCUCGUCGUUGAACCCUCCUCUUCCCGCCAUGUUCCCGGUCCCGACGCCGUACGCCGGAAACCACCACCUGAACCCCUUCGACCACCAGAAUCCCAUGGUCGUCGACGCGAUCACGAACGGCUACCCGCCGUACUCCCCCGACGCCGCGGCAUUCCCACCGAGCCACCAGCAUGCGGCGGCGUACGUGCAGCAGCGGCAGGGGUUCACGGGGAUGGAGGCUGGUGGCAUCGAGGCGUGCGGAGGACCGUACCGCUUCUUUUAUGCGGGAGAUAUAUUGGCAGCCGACGUGUUGAGGCCCGACGACGGUCUCGCGAACCCAGCCGACGUGGCGGAAAACCAGAGGAGGGAGAAUGAUCAUGCGUGGUACGGGCAGUCGCAGGCGCCGCCAACAGCGUACGGCACGGACGACUUACGGGUGCCGAUGGCAGGAAGUGGCUGCAGCCCAAUGCCUCUGGCAGCUACUGAUAUAUCGGCAAUGGAUGAUUCCAGCUUCAAAGUAGGGCGCCUGUCAGUGGAGGAGAGGAAGGAGAAGAUCGACAGAUACAUGAAGAAGAGAGCUGAGAGAAACUUCAGCAAAAAGAUCAAGUAUGCUUGUAGAAAAACUCUAGCAGACAGCAGACCAAGAGUCCGUGGGCGGUUUGCAAAGAAUGAUGAACUUGGAGAGACAGCAAAGUCUGGUUCCAGUAACAAUGAUUUUGAUGAUGAGGGAGAAGUGGCGGUGAAGGAAGAAGACAUACUUGACUCGGACAUCCUUACGCACAUUAGUGGUGUGAACUCUUUUUCGUACAACUUUACUCUAGAAUCUUGGAUAUGAGCACAGAAAUUAAGAUCUGAGAAGUCUUUAGUUUUGGUUGUUGUUUUCAUCUGUAGCCAUUCAACAGCUGAUGUAGCCAAUAU